GGGGCGGGAAAGAAGCUGAAGACCUCACUGUGUUCACUUUUCUAGCAACCAUGGCCGGAGCCGAAGAGAUGAAUAAGUAUCGCUCACCUCUGGUGUCCAGAUAUGCCAGCGAAGAAAUGAGCUACAACUUCAGUGACAAAAAGAAGUUCAUCACCUGGAGGAAGCUGUGGAUUUAUCUCGCCAAAGCUGAGAAGGCUCUGGGUCUGCCCAUCACUGAUGCUCAGAUUGCAGAGAUGGAGAGCCAUGCAGAGGACAUUGACUUUGCCAUGGCGGCUGAAGAAGAGCGAAAGCUGAGGCACGAUGUCAUGGCGCACGUCCACACCUUUGCACACUGCUGCCCCACAGCUGCUCCCAUCAUCCACCUCGGAGCUACGUCAUGCUAUGUGGGAGACAAUACUGAUCUCAUUGCAUUGCGUGAUGGCUUCAACAUCCUCUUGCCCAAGCUGGCCAGAGUCAUCGACCGGCUGGCAAACUUUGCAGAGGAAUACGCUGACCUCCCCACGCUCGGCUUUACACACUUCCAGCCUGCCCAGUUGACCACAGUGGGGAAGCGAGCGUGUCUGUGGCUGCAGGAUUUGGUGAUGGAUGUGAGGAAACUGGAGCGAGCCCGCAAUGAUCUUCGUUUCCGUGGAGUCAAGGGGACCACAGGCACCCAGGCCAGCUUCCUGCAGCUCUUUCAGGGGGACCAUGACAAGGUGGAAGAGCUUGACAAGAUGGUGACAGAGAUGGCUGGCUUUAAGAAAGCCUACCUGGUGACCGGACAGACGUACAAUUGUAAAGUGGACAUAGACUGCAUGUCCACGCUCGCGGGUUUGGGAGCUUCUGUGCACAAGAUCUGCACAGACAUCCGCCUGCUGGCCAACCUAAAAGAGAUUGAGGAACCUUUUGAGAAGGAGCAGAUUGGUUCCAGUGCUAUGCCCUACAAGAGGAACCCCAUGCGUGCAGAAUGCUGCUGUAGUUUGGCCCGACAUCUGAUAGCAUUGAUGGACGACCCCCUGCAGACUGCCUCAGUGCAGUGGCUGGAGAGGACUCUGGAUGACAGCGCCAACAGGAGGAUCUCCCUGCCCGAGUCCUUCCUGACAGCCGACAUCAUCCUCAGCACGCUGCAGAACAUCACAGAGGGUCUUGUGGUCUACCCCAAAGUCAUCGAGAGACACAUCCACCACGAGCUGCCCUUCAUGGCCACAGAGAAUAUUAAUAAGGCGAUAGUGAAGGCAGGAGGCAACAGACAGGAGUGCCACGAGAAGAUCCGUGUUCUCUCCCAAGAGGCAGCAGCUGUGGUUAAACAGGAAGGUGGAGACAAUGACCUGCUGGCCAGAAUCCAGCGAGACCCCUCCUUUGCACCCAUUCUAGGGCAGCUGGAUGCUUUGCUGGACCCCAAGACCUUUAUUGGGCGUGCUCCACAGCAGGUCGCAAAGUUCCUGGCUGAAGAAGUACGCCCCCUAUUGGAGCCAUACAAGACCAUCAAGGUCGAGCUUGUGGUUUCAAUAGCUAUGGCCAAAUGAAGCUAUCUGAAGCAUUGAAGGUUAUAUUACAAAAAACCUGUUUAUUACUCAAAGUUUUUCACACACAGUUGUGUUUGGUGACAUCUGGUGGCCAAAAAUAUGAAGAGCAGCUGAAUCUACAACUUAUAAUGAACUGCUUCAUUAUGAUUGGCCACUUUAUAUCGCUGAAUUAACAGCCUCUGUCUGAUAUGAGGUUGAUAUGGUGCUUUGAACAUAUAUAUUCUUUUGUCGGGGUGAAAAAAAAUUAUGUAAUAUCUAUUGUGAUGGCAUCAGCCACACAGGUAGGCACGUAAAAUCAGUCCAUUCAUUCACGUCAUUAUUUUGGUUUGCAGUUAUUUUAGUGAUAUAAUUCAUGAAUGUCUUCACUUAACCCUAACACUGAUAUUAUGAAGCGCGCACAUAAUAGCAUUAUGUGGUUUUUAUAAAAAUGUUUUCUUUAAUAUUAAUUAUGUUUCUCUUUCUUUGAGUUACCUGGUUUGGGGAGGUGGCUGUUUUCUGUCUGGGCCAAAGGUGCUGCCAAGGGCUGAGGACUUUAAAAACACCUGUUCAGCACGACCAACCAAGUGCUUGUGAGAAACAGGGGUGUUUUAGGUUUACUUAUGUUAUUCUGUGCUUAGUUAGUAUUGGUGGGGGUUUUUUGUUUCCCCUAUUGUGUGUAAAUGGUUUUGCCACUAUAAAAGCUACCCUCCUGUCUUGUGUUUAGAUCAGUUUGUGAGCUAAGUUGUGUCUACUUUGUGUGAUUAAGCUUCUGGAAAUUACUUUUUGUAGAAUUAUAUUUAGUAUACCUCUUUUAUGGACCCGGUAAUUAUAUUUUAAACUUUCUUAUUGAACUUUUUGGGGGUUUAAAAAAACAAACAAACAAUAAUUUGAAGACAUUUUUUUUUACUUGAAAAUGCUGCUAACACAGAACUGAUUGAAAUAUUGCCCACUAAUGAGUAUACUGAGUACACACACACACACACACACACACACACACACACACACACAUAUAUAUAUGUAUAUAUAUUUGUUUCUCUAACAACAAACUAUUGAAUUUUAUUUUCCAGAAUUACAACAACAGAAGGCAGUUGUUUAGGCCAGCAAUGACAGGCAACAGCAAGAAAUUCACAACUUGAAGGAAGCUGUAGAUCCACAUUUGAUAAAGCUGAAAAUGUUUGAAAUAC